UUCUCUCUCUCUCUCUCUCUCUCUCUCUCUCUCUCUCUGUGCCAGCCCUCUCUCCUUUAACAGUAUUUCCAAGUCAAUCGCCGUGUCAAGAAACCAAACCAACAUGAUCAACAUCCGGAAAACUCUAUGGUACUAAACUAGAUGCUUAACAAACAUUAUACAAAGACUCUUGAUGGGUUUUCUUAUUAUCGGCUAAAUUGUGAAUCUACAAUGGUUGUUCCCCCCUGCAUUUUGGCUUUCUUUGUCCUCUCUCACCUACUGUUUCUUCACUCUGCUGGACAAGACAACACCUCAUUCCAAAACUGUCCACAGUCCUUCCAGUGUGGAAAACUUGGGCAGAUCAAGUUCCCUUACUCCGACACCACUUAUCCCCAAUGUGGGUUGUGCACUGUAAAUUGCGGUGAAGCAAUUCCAAAACUCAAUUUCGGUGUGGACCAACUAUGGUAUGAAGUUCAUGACAAGUUUCUUAAUCAUGAGGUCCAAAAUGUUACUGACAAAAAUCUUGAAAGCCUCAUAAAAUCCAAAAGCUGCGAUGUCUUCACUUCGUACUUGCGCUGGAGUCUUCCCACUACACCUUCUGUUUCUUUUACAGUCUCCCCCAAUCUCACCUUCUUCAAAUGCCCUACCGGCGUCGACAGUACACUUGACAAGCAGAUUGAGCAUUUCUUUUGCCAUAAUCACAGUUACAGUUAUUACAAAGACUGCUUAGGCUACACAAUUUACUAUAAAAACCCUGACGAUCCUCAUCAACCUCUUCUUAUUAAUGAGAGAAUUCUGCAAAGCUGUGGACAUUUUCAACUGCCGGUGUUUUCGUUGAACGAUGGCAAGAAGCGAAAUGCCAGUGAUCUGUUUACUGUAUUGGCUUCUGAGUUCUCACUCGGAUUUCAUGUGUCAGAGGAAUGCGGUAAGUGUAACCUCACAGGAGGCCAAUGUCCUCGAUACAACGGCUCCAAGUUCCACUGCAUGGUCCAGGCUGGCUUACCCAAAAAAAACAUUGAGCAGGCAAAACACGGAACAAAACAAGUGAUAUUGAUUCUAGCAACAGUUGUUGCUGGAAUUGGGAUUUUAGUAAUCAUAUUGUACUACAUCACAAGGAAACUAGCACAAAAUGAUCAAUCCACAUUCUUUUGGAAGACUAAAACAGAGAAAUACCGAAAUGUUCAGGCCUUUCUAAAGAACUAUGGAUCUCUUGCUCCAAAAAGGUACACUUACUCUAACAUCAAGAAAAUGACCAACUCUUUUAGAGUUAAACUAGGUCAAGGAGGCUAUGGUUGUGUUUUCAAAGGAAAUCUAGAAAAUGGCUCCCUAGUGGCAGUAAAGGUUCUAAAAGGAUUGAAAGACACCGGAGAAGAGUUCAUUAAUGAGGUUGCAGCCAUUAGUAGGACUUCUCAUGUUAAUAUUGUAAAUCUCUUGGGAUUUUGUUUUGACGGUCACAAUAGAGCUCUUGUAUAUGAGUUCAUGCCUAAUGGAUCCCUUGAGAAAUUCAUAUAUGAUAGUAACUCCUUGACAUAUCACCAAUUGGGAUGGGAAGCAUUGUACAAAAUUGCAGUUGGCAUUGCUCGAGGAUUAGAGUACUUACACCGUGGUUGCAACAUGCGGAUUUUGCAUUUUGACAUAAAGCCUCACAAUAUUCUUUUAGAUGAGGACUUUUGCCCAAAGAUCUCCGAUUUUGGCCUUGCUAAACUGUGCCCACAGAAAGAGAGUAUUGUAUCACUAUUGGGUGCUAGAGGGACUGCCGGUUACAUUGCCCCAGAAGUAUUUUGUAGGAACUUUGGGGGAGUUUCACACAAGUCAGAUGUCUACAGUUAUGGAAUGAUGAUUCUAGAAAUGGUUGGAGGAAGAAAGAAUAUUGAUAUCAAAGUUAAUCACACAAGCGAGAUAUAUUUUCCACAUUGGAUAUACAAUCGACUUGAGCUGGAUGAAGAACUUGGAGUGCAUGGCAUUAUGAAUGAUGUCGCAAACGAAAGUACAAGGAAGAUGAUUAUAGUUGGCUUGUGGUGCAUACAAACCGAUCCCUCACACCGGCCAUCAAUGAACAGGGUCAUAGAGAUGCUAGAAGGGAGCUUGGAGUCCUUGCAAAUCCCACCUAAGCCUUACUUGUCUUCUCCCCCAAGAUCACCACUAGAUUACUCAACUACACUCAUGGCAUAAUAUUGUGCGGUUCACAAUGCAUACUUCUAUUGCCAAUGUAAGGUGCACCGGUGAAAAUUAGGUAAAUUGUAUCUCUCUUUUGCUUGUGUUUGACAGUUGUGAUUACUACAAUUUAGAUUUUGCCUAGGGUUUAAAAACUAGUUACAAUAAAAAUAAAAAAUAAAAAAUUGUAAUAUCAUAAACCUCUACAAAUAAUACUAGUAUGCUUAUUUCAUAGUACAAUUAAA